UAUAUAACUUCUCCUUUGAUGGCUGCUAUCUCCUCAGCCUCACGUCUUCUUUGUUGUUGUUGUUAUUCUUCUUCCUCCCUCGUAUUCAUUUAUCAUCUGAAAGGAUGAUGAGAUUCACCUCCGUCCUCCUCACCCUUUUUCUCUUCCUUCUCCUCCACCAAGGCUCUUCUCCAAAGGCCACGGCCGCCACCCACCCCGACAUUGUCGAUGAGACCUGCAGGCGGAUCGCGGACGACGACCCCAACGUGAACUACACCUUCUGCACGCAGGCCCUGAGGUCGGUUUCCAAGAGCAAGCGCGCCGACCUUCGGGGGUUGGCCAUCAUAUCGCUGAAGCUGGCGAAGGCCAACGCGACGCACGCCAAGUCCAGGGUGAAGGCGCUGUUGAAGGAGAAGCAGCUGAGCACGUACCGGAAGUCCUGCCUGCAGACCUGCCGAGAGCUAUACUCCGACGCGGCGUCCAGCUUCAGGAACUCCGUCAAGCAAAUCAAGUCGGGUCGGUAUGCUGAUGCCAAGGUGUACAUAAGCAGCGCUGUGGACGCACCCGGCGAGUGCGAGGAUAGCUUCCAAGAGGGGGAUAUCACGUCGCCGCUCACCAAGGUGAACUACGACCUGUUCCAGCUCGCCGUCAUCGCCCUCGCCAUCACCUCUCGCCUGGGAUGAUGUCUAUUUCCUUGUCGUAUACACUACUACCACACUGGUUCUCGGUUCCGACUUGUAGCGGGUUGAUAUGGAUCAAGUCAUGAUCGAAUUCAAUAUAGAAUCUUCACGUGCUUGUUUA